GGAACCGGAACCGACCAGGGAGCCGACUGGGGAACCGGAACCGACAGGCGAACCAACUGGGGAACCGGAACCGACAGGCGAACCAACUGGGGAACCGGAACCGACCGGGGAACCAGAGGGGGAACCGACUGGGGAACCGGAAGGCAAACCGACCGGGGAACCAGAACCGGAGCACUCGGAUGAACCUGUCUCUGUAUCCGAACAAGAUGGCUUCAGGGCAUCCACCAUGGAGGUCAUCCUCCCACCACUUAUCACUUAUCACUUAUCACCACCAAGUAUCAUUCUUAUACCAUUCCUGAAGCAACUAAUGUGUGUCAUGUGUGUCCUUGGCAUUAAUAUGUAAAUUCUCAAGUGCCGGUGUAUAAGUUUGGUUUUUAGCCAAUAUCUCAGCCAAUAUUGCAGCUAAUGUUCUGCUAAUAUUCCACAUUUUGUUCUACUAAAGGUCUAUCCUACCUAGCUUUAAGAACUGAAUUCCGACGUCGAGCGAACCACGAUCGGCGUGUGCACAAUCUGUACAUGACCCAGUCCAGCAUGAAGAUGCUCAAGUCUUGCCCCAAGGAAAGCCAAGCAUUUCUGGAAGAGGAAGACAUCGAUAUUCUGGACAGCAUGCAGAGUUUCUUCAACCGUCCGCUGGGGCUGUGUCGUAUCGCCAUGCCGGGUCUGCUCUCCCUCGCUUUCUGCCCCUUGGUUCUCUUCAUCUACGCCCCGGUGGCGGAGUUCUUCUGGCCCGCCGACCUCUUUCCGGGAGGCCAACCGAACAUCAAUGAAGUCAUCGGUAAAGUCGUGCCUACAGCUUGGCAAUCGUCAACAUUGUUAGGCUGAAUGUAACUCUGUUUAUUCAGCACACUAGUCAAGACAGUAUUAAAAAACUGAUUUAUAUUUAUUUAUGAACGAAGACAUGUUUGUUUUUAAAAUACCUUGGUUUUGCCAAGGAAAAAUAUGAGGGACAAAGAAAAGCCAACAAGUUAUGUGGUGUUUCCAAG